UCGCGGCCCGUCCCACCCUACGCGAGCCCAGUACUCGGCCACCGGCGGGACCGGCCAGGCUCUGGAGGGCGCCCGGGAAGCCAUGGAGGUCUUGGUCCUGGCCGGAUACCGCGCGCAGAAGGGGGACGAGCUGAGUCUGGCGCCCGGGGACGUGGUCCGGCAGGUGCGCGAGGGGCCCGCACGCGGGUGGCUGCGCGGAGAGCUGGGGGGCCAUCACGGCCUCUUCCCUGAGCACCUAGUGCAGGAGAUCCCAGAGCCUCUACGCGGCGCCGGAGAGGCGCAGAGACCGCGCUGCGCGCGCCGCCGAGGUCACCCCGCCAAAUCUCGGGGUCCCCAAAGAUGGUGCAAAGUGAACUUCAACUACAGCCCAGAGCAGACGGACGAGCUGAAGCUGCAAGCUGGGGAGAUUGUGGAAGUGAUAAAGGAGAUUGAGGACGGCUGGUGGCUGGGGAAGAAGAACGGGCAGCUGGGCGCCUUCCCAUCCAACUUUGUGGAGUUGCUGGACAGUGGGCCCCCAAGCCUUUGUCACCCAGAUAUGCCUUCAAUCAGUCCUGGUCCCCAGCGACCUCCCAAGCUGAGCAGCCUGACCUAUGACAGCCCUCCAGACUACCUGCGGACAGUCUCCCCCCCUGAGACCUACAGGGUCCUGUUUGACUACCAGCCCGAGGCCCCAGACGAGCUGGCACUUCGGAGAGGAGACGUAGUGAAAGUACUGAGGAAGAACACAGAGGAUAAGGGCUGGUGGGAAGGAGAGUGUCAAGGCAGAAGAGGUGUUUUUCCAGACAACUUUGUGCUCCCACCACCCCCAAUCAAGAAGCUCGUUCCAUGGAAGGUGUUAUCUCGGGAAUCAGGUGGGUGCCUGGGCAGCCUAGGAUUGGGGGGGUGCUCUCUGGGAGACCCCACCGAUCCAGUUGCCCAUAAACACCUGCAGCUCCCCAGUGGUCCAGCACACGUGCAUAGGAGCUCCCUCUCCUGUGGGUCAAGAGCCUGGUGGGAAUCUCCUAUUAAGGAACCAAAAAAAUUGACGUCCAAAGCAUCCCUCCCUAUAGUCAGGAAGGUGGUGACAUCCCCCACUGGACCCAGCAAAGCCAAGACAUCUUCCACAGCCAGCAGGGACAGUCAGAAGCUCCCCUCCCGAGGCUCAGGCUCCAGUGGCAACUUCCUCAGUGGGGGUCCGUGUCACCCUGGCAGAAAACGAUCCAAAACCCAGGCUCCCCGGCAACGCUCUGCACCCAGUCAGGAGGAAGAGCAGAGCAGCCUGGCAAAGGCCUCUGCUCUGAGUAGAACCCCUCCUCUGGACAAGACUGCCACCCUAGAGAAGACCCCAUCUCCAGAGAAGGCCCCCAGCUCAGAGAAGAUCCUGGCUCCUGACAAAGUCCCCACCCCAGAGGAAACCCUGACUCUGGAAGACAAGGCUCCCACCCCAGAAAACCCCACCCCAGAGAAGAUCCUGGCUCCUGACAAAGUCCUCAGCCCAGAGAAGACCCCGACUCUGGAGGACAAGGCCCCCAGCCCAGAGGAGACCUUGACUCUGGACAAGGCCUCCACUCUAGACAGGGUCUUUUUUGUGGAAGAGGCCCCUGCUCCAGAAGUCCCACCUAAGGAUGAAGUCCCACCUAAGGAUGAAGUCCCUGACCCAAAGAUGGCCCCUCUAGGGGAUGAAGCCCCCUCCCUAGACAAAGCCUUGCCCCCAGAGCAGGUGCUUUCUGAAGAAGGGGCGCCCACUCAAUUCCAUCGCUGCUCUGCGGAGGAAGCCCUGCAGAAGGUUGAGCCCCCUGUGGCCAAAGAGGCUGAAUCCCAGGAGAAGGUCCACAUGCCUCCUCCCUCAGACAGAUGCCUCUGUAUGAUGGAACACCCCUGGGUGAAGCACGACAGCUCUCCACCCCAGUCUGAGUCCACGUCCAAGCCAGGGUCCUUGCCUGUCCCUGAGAAGCCACACCCCCAGGAAGAGGCUACAACCCUCCUAGAGGAGGCACCUUCAAAAGAUGGGACUACUCCCCAAGAGGAGGUGCCUCUGAAAGAGGAGGUGUCCCUAAAAGAAGUGGUCCCCAAAGAGGAGGUGCCCCCUGAAGAGGUAGCUCCCAAAGAAGAGGCACCCCCUAAAAAGACAGCCCCUGCCCCCCAAAACCCACAUCCAGUCAAACAGACUCCAGACCCCCAAGAGACUCCCAUGCUCCAUUUCCCGGUCCUGCAAAAUCCCACGGACAGCAAGAACGACAGAGUGGAUACAACGACGCUGAAGGGCGAGGUGCAGUCUCUACGGAGGGCGCUGGAGCUGAUGGGGGAGCAGCUGGAAAGGAAGCUGACCGACAUCUGGGAGGAACUGAAGAGCGAGGGGGAGAAGCGCCGGUUGCUGGAGGCUCAGAUGCUGCAGAGGACCGAGAAGGCCCCGGCCGGGGACUUCGUCCACGCGCAGACGCAGACGUACUGAGGGCGGGCCUACGAGGGACCGUGGCCCGGCCUGGACGGGCGUCCGGUUUGGGCCACCCACGUCCUUGCACACGACUUUGGGAAAUGCAAGAAAGUAAACUCUGCCUCGCAGGCGCGCUGA